AAAGGAGUCCUGCCAAAAGCAAAAAAAUAUAUGUCUACCUAGUGUCCGGUGACACGCACCAUGCCAUUGGCCAUUGCAGGCAGAGAGGCAAGCAGCUCUGCUUAUAAAUCAGCACCUCCCCUGCAACUGCAACUGCCACUACCAGCUUCAGCAUCACAGCCACAACACCUCUCUAGCGUUUCCUCACUUUGGCUAGUAUCUUGCUUCUCCCAUACAAAGUUUGAAAGUUGAACUAGCGGAAGAAACUAGGCAGGGGAAGAGAGGACAAGUUUCUUCGCUUACAGGCUAAAGUGAACUAGAAGCUGUGGAGGCAUGGGCAAGCUUGUGAGGCAAUGUGACAUGGAAGUCAUGAAGAUGGCCAUGCUCAAACAUGAAGAGACCUUCAGGCAACAGGUUCAUGAGCUGCAUCGCCUUUACCGCAUCCAGACGCAGCUCAUGGCCGGCGACCUUAGCACGCGCCGGCAGCCUCGGAGGCGCGGCAGCAAGCAGCCUCGGAGGGCGCUGAACCUGCAGCUCCCUGCCGACGAAUACAUCGGCGGGACCGGCGACGAGGACUACGAGGGCUGCGGAACGGAGCUAGAGCUGACGCUCGCCGUCGGCGGGACGACCGGCACCGCCUGCAAGAACAAGGUGAGCAAGCGAGCAGAAGCACACUACAACGUGGGAGGCGGAGGUUUCUCCUCCCCCUUCGCGUCCGACGGCUCCGGCGGUACGAGCCUCUCGUCGUCGCCGCCGUCGUCGAUCGAGUACUCCGAGGGCGCCGCCGGAGUCGCCUUCCACGGCUACGUGGCGCCGCCGCCGCCGUGCCAGAGGGCGAUGGCGUUCGACCUCGGCGUAGCGGAGGCGAUGAAGCAGCACCAGUCGCCGUGGCAGCUGGUGCAGUGCCAGUACCUCAGCCUUAGGAUGACAUGAGCACGAAGCUCAUCGCAUCAUCCAUUAUAUGCCUGCCAUGAUCACGUCGCGCUAGUAGAUUGCGACAUUAUGUUGCGUUGUAGAAGAAGCAGUAGCCACUAUAUAUUAUGUUUCCCCCUUUCUUUCCUUUUUUUUUUUGCUGUUGCUAGGUGAGCCAUUAAUGGAGCUUGGGAAGGAUUGACUUCUGA